ACAAUCGAGUUCCUGAAGUUCAGACGUCUGGCUGGGCGCAAACUGUACGGACCAGGAGACUCCACAUAUGAGCGCUGGACAGUGAUGUGUUGUUAAAGCUUGCCUUCAGGAGAAAUGAUUCCUGCUUAGGCAAUGAAGUAGCCUACAAGCGCAGUCUCUUGUGGAUAAAACAACGCGCGCUUGCUUGACGUUUCGUAUUUUGUACAGGGAUUGAUCACAAACAAAAAAAGACACUAAUUGACAAUGUGGCCAUUAUCUCCCCUGACUCAUCUCAUUUUGCUUUACUUAUUUUGUGGGUCUCUGAGCAUCAGAUGUCCUCAUGAUUGCACAUGCCUCCCCAGUAACAACAUCUUCUGCGUCCAGAGGAACUUGAUCUACAUGCCUCGUGGCCUUCCGUCCACUGGAAAACAACUUUAUGUCUUUCAGAACAACAUCAAUAUCUUGCAACAGCAGGACUUUGUGGAGCUUGGCGAGCUUGAAAUGUUGGACUUAAGUCAGAAUUCCCUCAGUGAAAUACCCGAUGGUGUAUUCAGCCCACUCUCCUCUCUACACAAUCUAGAUCUCUCCUCAAACUACAUUACUCACAUUUCCAAAGACAGUUUCAUUGGACUUGUUAACCUAGAAAGGCUGUAUCUCUACGGUAACGUCAUCCAGAACAUUCACCCAGCUGCCUUUGAGGGACUGGGGAACCUUUUGGAGCUGAAGCUUCAGGGGAAUCAGAUUAGUGUGUUGCCUGCUUUGCGGCUGCCCAGACUGCUCCACUUGGACCUUAGUUAUAAUAGCAUCCCACCUCUUGUAGCUCAAGAUUUACAGACACCACAUCUUGAAUCCCUUAAAAUAGCUGGAUUGGGGCUGACCAGUCUGGAUGAGGAGCUGUUAGCCAGCCUAGUAAAUCUGCACGUUCUAGAUGUUUCUCAGAACCAGCUUGUAGAGAUACAACCUACACUAAAGUCAAUGGGAGGACUACGAAACCUAAAUUUAACUGGCAACCCUUUGGGAUCUCUGAAACAUGAAGACUUCCAAAAUUUGGUCAAUCUCCUUGAGCUUGACUUAAGCAACCUUAAUUUGCAAGGCUUCCCUGAAGGAUUCUUCAGCCUUUUCCCCAAACUUGAGAAGCUCACUGCAGCUGAAAACCCCUUUAACUGCCUCUGCACACUAGCCUGGUUCCCAGCAUGGUUAAAGGAUGUACGUGUGGAGCUGUUGAGGACGGAGGAGACUCGUUGCCACUUUCCACCAAUAAACUCAGGAAAGGUUUUGGAAAAGUUGGAACACAAAGAUUUUGGCUGUCCCACAACAACCAUUGAGCUAACAAGUGCGGGGACAAGUAGUACCACAAGUAAACCUACAAACUCCUCUACACAAUCAGGCACAACACACGUCAUUCCUCCAGCACCACCAAGUGACAUAUCCUCAGCAGACGCAGACAACUUCCCUGUUUAUCAGACCACCGCUUUCCCCAGCAUUAUCAUGGAAGAUUCUGAGGAGGAAGGAAUUAUGUGCCCUCCCAAUAUCUGUCUAAAUGGAGGAACAUGCAUAUUUGAGUCAAAUGGGGUGAUUGUUUGCUUGUGUCCACCUUCAAUGUCAGGACUCUAUUGUGAGAUUCAGAAUGAAGCUAUGCUUCCCCCGCCUUCACCUCGAGUUUCUCUCGAGACCAUCGCUACAGUCCAGCCUAACACAAUCAGCUCCCAUCACAUAACCAGCACUUCCAUUUCAUUAGACCUUCACCGUUACAUACAAACAAGACCACACAUACGUGGAAUCCGUCUGACGUACAGUAACUUGUCAGGUCCUGACCGCCGACCAUUACAGCUGAAUGUGCCUCCAACUUACCCUGAAUACACACUUAGAGGGUUACAACCAAACAGCACUUAUUCUGUAUGUGCUAGCCCUUUGGGAGAGCCUGUCCAUGUCUCGGUUAGUGCCUGCAUGGAGGCUCGCACAGCAGGAAUCCCACCCUCCUCCCAUGAGCCCAGCGUUGACAGGACCGAACCUUCUUCCUCUCUUAUACCCAUUGUGGUAGCGGUGGCAGUGGUGAUGCUGGUUGCCACAAUAGCUACUGUGGUUGUCAUCUGCCGCAGGAGGAGACCCAAGGCUCCAGAAGACAUGGACUUACAUGAGACAUCUCCUUUAGAGUUGGAAGGAGUAAAAACCAACCCAGAGAAUGGACUGACACAUCCAAAACAAACCGACAUCACGCCUUCCCCAUCAUUAGCACUAAACAGCUUGGAAUAUGAUGUACUUUUAAUACAAGGACAGUGUCCAGCCAACAACAAUAUAGCUUGUACAAAAGCUUUAUAUGUGUAAAAGCCAAAUUGCGCAAUUCAUACCUCCAGCUCACAGAGGGCAAUGUGCUCCAUGACCCCUGCAGGCGGGUGCGAUGCAGACACUAGACAGACUCUGCUGGGUUGGUGAACAUUUUACCGCAUCCCAGCCAAACGCUUAAACUGACUGCCAGUAUUUAAACCAGAUGCAUGUGCCAUCUUAACUUUUUUUACAGAUACAACUUAAGUGCCUUUUAUAACUAUGAUUAUCAGAGGAUUUCUCUCUUAAGAGGUGCCCAGACAUUAUGCAGUACACGGUGUUGCUAGGCUGGAAAACAGGCUUUAGAGGUAGCUGGCUCUGGAACUGGUAGACAGGAGUCAGAAGUUGUGGCCUGGACGCCUGGACUGUUUUGUUGUCCAGAAAAAAAUUGCACUGAUCAGAGACACUGGGACUGUGCCUAAAAGAGGAACUGAAAGUGUUCAGUCUCUUAGAAGAUGCUUCAAAUAGGUCAGCAUCAAAGCAUCCCACUGUCCCUCUACCCCAUCUAUCCUGCACGGGAGAUUAUUUGCUGUGAAAAACACACAAUGAAGUGACAUUUUCUUACUUUUUCUAGUUUACGCUGUUUUAGCUAUGUAAUUACAAUGUUUUUUGUACAAGGAAUUGUUCAACUUGGAGAUUAAUUCUGUUGUUUACUCACUCUCAAAGUGUUCCAGAACUGUGUGAAUCUGUAUUAAAGAAUGUCAAACAUCUUUAGAAAGACAUUAGCAUGAGUAAAUAGCUAUGUUUCCAUCCAAAAGUACAAAUUUGAUUUAUGUGCAAAACUGAAACAUCGCAUAAAACAUUGGAGAAUAAUAAUAAUGGACUGUUUCUAUACUGGAUUUCACAAUGACCAAUAUUUUUAGCAUGUCCAUUAAAGCCAUCCCAUCACACCCAUUCAUGAUCUGUUAAAACAAAAUCACUAUUUUUUGAUGCACAUACUGGAAUUUAUUCUGUAAAUGUGUUUCCAUUAUAGUUUUGCACAUUUUUUCUUAUUGGAUAAAAAGUUUAUUCUACCCAUUUUUCAGAAUUUAUGCAUAUUUUUCAGUUUCUAUUAAGAAUUUUUAAAGUGAUAUUCCAAAAUGCACAUAAAAUGAGUGGAUGGAAUCAUAGCUAAUGGGCAAACUUUUCCUUUCAGUGCCAUUUCUGUGUCUUUUUUUAUGUAAGUUGUUGCGUUUGUUUUUAUUUGUAAACACGUGACUGUAGCAAACAUUCUUUCUCCUCAUACUGACUCUUCUGAAUGAAAACAAACCCACUUCACUUAAUUUCUCCAUCUUUGCUAAUGUCUGACAAAGAAACACUUUGCAAGACUAUAAACACCCGCAGACAUUUUUGACCUCAACAAAUUCCACACAUCAACAAACAGACUAGUACUAUAUAAGGAGAUGGAUAACAAACGCUUCUAACAAAGCUGUUUUUUGACGUGCCAGCUUUCUAAAAAUGCCCCGUAGUCAUAAUUCAGACUGGGCCCCAAACACAGGCAAACUACGGAAAGACUUCAAAGCCAGAUUUUUUUGGUAUGUGUUGCCGAGCUGAACGCAAUUUAUGUUGUACAACACCGCAAACUAGUCCAGAUGGCUUUGCUCACUUGACUAUGAAAGCUUACAAUGGUGAAGUGAUUGUACUUUCCACGGUACAGUAUUUUGACAUACACCAGGGUACUAAAUAAUUCAACAAAUAUAAAUUUGUAAAGGAAUGUAACAAGACCCAUUUACAAGGAGAUUGACUGCUUCUUUUUUCUUUUCUGAAAGCUCCGAGCCAGAUCUGUCAUUGUGGAAUUGCAUGUUUAUGUGUAUUAUCAACUCAGUAAGUUGUGUUAAGAGAAAUGGAGCCAGUACUCUACUCCAAAGUGAGGAAAGGUCAAUUGUCAAAUUCUCCCCAUGCUCUGUCAAUUUUUGUAGCCCUGUGUAUCACAUAUUUGUGACCGUAUGUCGUGUGCAAACUGAACAUGACGACGUCUUAGACAUCUAAACAUUUGAACUGGAAAGAGGACACAGCACGAGGGGCUUCAAAUAUUUGAAACAUUUUCAAAACUGCUUUUAUGUUCCAAGCUUGCAUUGGGAUGCUUGCUGUUUCUCUUUUGUGUUGUGCACAGAGCCAAGUCUUUUUUAUGUAAAGUGUGUACUUAAAUGUGAUGUCUUUUGAGAAAUUAAAAUGGAAAUGUUUUGUGA